ACCAGAGAUACUUACUACGCGUGCGUGAGAUUAGAGCAGGGGGCGGGGUCACGUGGGCCGGGGGUCCUGGGCUGGAAUGGCUGCGAGCUCAGAGAUCAUCAUGCAGGUCAUCAUGAUCUAAGGAUUAAAAAAAACAAAAACAAAAACAAAAAAACAGCUGCUUACUUGGAUUGACUGAAGGCAGUUAUUGAAAGUAAAUAUGGAAAAUGAACCAGACCAUGAAAAUGUGGAACAGAAUCUCUGUGUGAAGACUACUGAAGAAGAACUCAGUAAAUCUUUUAAUCUUGAAGCUUCACUUUCAAAAUUCUCUUACAUAGACCUGGACAAAGAGCUGGAGUUCAAAAAUGAUCUGAUUGAUGAUAAGGAGUUUGACAUCCCUCAAGUAGAUACUCCUCCAACACUAGAAAGCAUACUAAAUGAGACUGAUGAUGAAGAUGAGUCUUUUAUUCUUGAGGAUCCUACUUUGUUAAACAUUGAUGCUAUUGAUUCUCACUCCUAUGAUACUUCAUCUGUGGCAAGCUCAGAUAGUGGUGACAGAACCAACUUAAAAAGGAAGAAGAAAUUACCUGAUUCUUUUUCACUCCAUGGGUCAGUUAUGCGACAUUCCCUUUUGAAGGGAAUUUCUGCUCAGAUAGUGUCUGCAGCUGACAAAGUAGAUGCCGGCUUGCCUACAGCAAUUGCAGUCUCCAGCCUAAUAGCAGUGGGUACAUCUCAUGGAUUGGCUUUAAUAUUUGAUCAGAAUCAAGCUUUGCGACUCUGUCUGAGUAACACUAGUGUUGGAGGUCAGUAUGGAGCCAUCUCUGCCCUGAGUAUCAACAAUGACUGCUCAAGACUUCUCUGUGGCUUUGCCAAGGGACAGAUCACUAUGUGGGAUUUAGCCAGUGGAAAACUUCUAAGAUCAAUAACAGAUGCUCAUCCUCCAGGAACAGCAAUAUUGCAUAUUAAGUUUACAGAUGAUCCAACUCUGGCAAUUUGCAAUGACAGCGGAGGAUCUGUUUUUGAACUGACAUUUAAGAGAGUUAUGGGAGUGAGAACUUGUGAAUCUAGAUGUCUGUUCAGUGGCUCCAAGGGAGAAGUGUGCUGCAUUGAGCCGCUCCAUUCUAAGCCUGAGUUGAAAGAUCAUCCCAUCACACAGUUUUCCCUCUUGGCCAUGGCAUCCUUAACAAAGAUACUGGUCAUUGGAUUGAAACCAUCCUUGAAAGUAUGGAUGACUUUUCCCUAUGGACGGAUGGAUCCUUCCAGUGUCCCGUUGCUGGCCUGGCACUUUGUGGCAGUGCAUAAUUAUGUGAAUCCCAUGCUUGCUUUCUGCAGAGGAGAUGUUGUUCAUUUUCUAUUGGUUAAGAGAGAUGAAUCUGGAGCAAUACAUGUUACCAAACAAAAGCAUCUUCACCUGUACUAUGACCUCAUCAACUUUACAUGGAUAAACUCACGGACAGUUGUGCUCUUGGACAGUGUAGAGAAGUUGCAUGUGAUUGAUCGGCAAACUCAAGAGGAAUUGGAAACAGUGGAGAUCUCAGAAGUUCAGUUGGUUUAUAAUAGCAGCCAUUUCAAAUCACUAGCCACCGGAGGAAAUGUUAGCCAGGCACUGGCUUUGGUUGGAGAGAAGGCUUGUUAUCAAUCCAUCAGUAGCUAUGGUGGUCAGAUCUUUUAUUUGGGGACAAAGUCUGUUUAUGUGAUGAUGCUGAGGAGCUGGAGAGAGAGAGUGGAUCAUCUCCUGAAACAAGAUUGUUUUACAGAAGCCUUGGCUCUUGCAUGGUCUUUCCAUGAAGGAAAAGCAAAAGCAGUAGUAGGGCUGUCAGGGGAUGCCAGUAAGCGAAAGGCAGUCGUUGCAGAUCGGAUGGUAGAAAUCCUAUUCCAUUAUGCGGAUCGAGCUCUGAAAAAGUGUCCAGACCAAGGAAAAAUCCAAGUGAUGGAACAACAUUUUCAGGAUAUGGUGCCCAUCAUAGUUGAUUACUGUCUUCUGCUACAGAGAAAGGAUCUUUUAUUUAGCCAGAUGUAUGACAAAUUAAGUGAGAAUUCAGUGGCCAAAGGAGUGUUUUUGGAGUGCCUUGAACCAUAUAUUUUAAGUGAUAAAUUGGUGGGGAUCACACCCCAGGUAAUGAAAGACUUGAUUGUUCAUUUUCAAGAUAAAAAACUAAUGGAAAAUGUGGAAGCCCUCAUUGUACAUAUGGAUAUCACCAGUUUAGACAUUCAGCAGAUAGUUCUUAUGUGUUGGGAAAAUCAUUUAUAUGAUGCUAUGAUCUACGUCUACAAUAGAGGCAUGAAUGAAUUUAUUAGUCCAAUGGAGAAACUUUUCAGAGUCAUUGCUCCUCCUCUGAAUGCAGGAAAAACACUAACAGGUAUUUUUUUCCUCUUUUUUUAUAUUUUAAGAUAUUAUUUAAGCAUCAUAAAAUUCACCAAGGAAGAUUUUAAAAAUGACAAACAGGCUGUGGAAUAUCAGCAACGUAUUGUGGAUAUUUUGUUGAAAGUUAUGGUGGAGAAUUCAGAUUUUACUCCCUCACAAGUUGGGUGUCUCUUUACAUUCCUUGCUCGGCAGCUUGCAAAACCUGACAAUACCUUGUUUGUAAAUAGAACCCUUUUUGAUCAGGUUCUUGAAUUCCUCUGCAGUCCUGACGAUGACUCCCGCCACUCUGAAAGACAGCAAGUUCUUUUAGAACUGCUGCAAGCUGGAGGCAUAGUUCAAUUUGAAGAGAAUCGACUCAUCCGUAUGGCAGAAAAAGCUGAGUUCUAUCAAAUUUGUGAAUUUAUGUAUGAACGAGAACACCAAUAUGACAAAAUUAUUGAUUGCUAUUUGCGUGAUCCACUAAGAGAGGAAGAAGUCUUUAAUUAUAUUCACAAUAUCUUAUCCAUCCCUGGACAUAGUGCGGAAGAGAAGCAGUCUGUGUGGCAGAAAGCAAUGGAUCAUAUUGAGCAACUUGUGUCGCUGAAGCCCUGUAAAGCUGCAGAACUAGUUGCAACUCACUUUUCUGGAGAGAUUGAAACAGUCAUUAAAAAACUUGAGAACCAGAUUUUGCUUUUCAAAUUUCUGAGGAGUCUUCUUGACCCAAGGGAAGGGAUUCAUAUAAAUCAAGAAUCGCUGCAAAUAUCUCCCAGUAUUACAGAGCAGUUCAUUGAGCUGUUGUGUCAGUUCAACCCAAACCAAGUUACAGAGACUCUGCAAGUACUUGAGUGCUACCGUCUAGAAGAAACUAUCCAGAUUACGCAGAAGUAUCAACUUCAUGAAGUCACUGCCUAUCUGUUAGAAAAGAAAGGAGAUAUUCAUGGUGCCUUCUUAAUAAUGCUUCAGAGACUACAAAGCAAACUUCAAGAGAUUACACAUCAAGAUGAAAAUACAAAAGAAUGUCCCUCACUGAAAGAUAUUGAAGACACCAUGGUAGAAACAAUUGCCCUUUGCCAGAGAAAUUCACAUAAUUUGAACCAACAGCAACGAGAGGCACUCUGGUUUCCAUUGUUGGAAGCAAUGAUGGCCCCUCAGAAGCUGUGUAGUUCAGCUGUACCUCCUCUCCACUCUGAAGCUCUGAAAUCUUUGACCAUGCAAGUGUUAAACAGCAUGGCCUCAUUUAUUGCCCUUCCAUCAAUCUUGCAAAGAAUCUUACAGGAUCCGGUUUAUGGAAAAGGAAAACUUGGAGAAAUCCAGGGUCUUAUUCUGGGAAUGUUAGAUACCUUCAAUUAUGAACAAACCCUGUUAGAAACAACAACUAGUCUUCUAAACCAAGAUCUCCACUGGUCAUUGUGCAACCUGAGGGCUUCAGUGACUCGAGGAUUGAAUCCCAAGCAGGAUUACUGCUCUAUAUGUUUGCAGCAGUACAAAAGACGCCAAGAAAUGACUGAUGAAAUUAUUGUCUUUAGCUGUGGUCAUUUGUAUCACUCAUUCUGUCUACAAAGCAAAGAGUGUACCAUAGAAGUUGAGGGACAGACAAGGUGGACAUGCUACAAAUGCAGCUCAAGUAACAAAGUAGGAAAAUUAAGUGAAAAUUCAUCUGAAAUGAAAAAGGGAAGGAUAACUCCAUCACAGGUAAAAAUGUCUCCAUCUUGUCACCCAUCUAAAGGAGAUACUGCUGUUAAGAAGGCAACCUCAGAACCCGUCCUGGAUCCACAGCAAAUUCAAGCGUUUGAUCAGCUUUGCCGUCUCUACCGAGGAAGUUCCAGGCUGGCUCUCCUUACAGAACUGUCCCAGAAUCGCAGCAGCGACAGCUACAGGCCGUUCAGUGGCUCCCAGAGUGGCCCUGCUUUCAACAGCAUCUUCCAGAAUGAGAACUUCCAGCUGCAGCUCAUACCCCCACCUGUGACUGAGGACUGACGCCCCUGGAGCCUGGUCCUGUGUACCAGAGUCUAUCCCACCGCAACAUGGGGUACCCUCCCAGCUGGCAUGUCCCUGCUGUCCCCCACUGAGCAGAGGUUCCAAGGCCUUCCGUGCUCACGGCUGUCUCCAACCACCAUCCCCCUGUCUCCUCCAUGAUGUAACCUGUCACUAGACUGCUUGGUUUGGUUUUGCUUAUUAAGCAAAGGAAUAUCAUGCACCUCGUCCAGCUUUUUAAAAAAAUACAUUUUGCCUAUUGGGACUUUUUCCCAAAGCCUGGAGAACAAGUGGAGGUCACACAGAGGCGCUGCGGCCCUGUCCUGCUCUGCCCCUCCGGCUGGGGGAGGGAGCGACUCCCCUUCCGCGGAGCAGUGGACCAGGCCGCAGUGCACAGAAAUGGCCUUGGGGGUGAAAGACCUGUGGGGUGGCUGCUCCCUUUUGCUGUUGUGUCCCCUUUCUCACAAUAAAUACCCCCUUACGCUCUGCAGACCUGA